AUGGAGACAAAUAUGUGGGGGAAUCAGGUACCAAGCUUAGUGAACAACACCUACGUUUGUGGCGGAGCCAUCAUCAACAGCCUAUACAUCCUGACAGCCGCCCACUGCCUCUUCAACAGCGACGACACGAGUCGACUUCCUGAAGACCUUUUCGUCGGCGUCGCCGACCACAGGCAGAAUUCGACCAAGGACGACGUGGAGGGCGCCACCGCCUUGGUGGGCGUGAGAGAGAUCCUCGUCCAUGAGGAAUAUGGCACGGGACCCAACAACGACAUCGGCCUCCUAAAGCUGAAGAAACCUCUGGACCUGAAAUCCUUCAAGCAGCUGAAACCCGUGUGCCUGCCCUCGAAUCCUACGAAGACCUACGAGGGAGCCCAGGGGCACAUCUACGGCUGGGGCGUCAGGGACUACCGUAGCAAGUUACCGGCGGUGCUUCAAGAGGCCUCGGUUCCCAUCUUGGGCCCCGACUGCCAGAUUAAGUCUCCGGACGUCACGAUCACGCCCCAGAUGCUCUGCGCGGGAGGUGGAGAGGGUCAGAAGGACACUUGCACUGGGGACUCCGGCGGUCCUAUGACAGUCGAGGAAAAUGGACGGCACUUUCUCGUGGGCAUUACUUCCUUCGGGAUCGGUUGUGGCAUAAGAGGCUCCCCCGGGGUAUAUACCAGAGUCACGGCUUUCUUAGACUGGGUACUUGAGAAUACUAAAGACGCUGAGUAUUGUAACUGAAAGUGUGAACGUGAAAUUUGACUAAGGUAAAUUAGUGGUGUUGUUAAAAUAUUAUCAAAGGGUAAACAAGUCUUGUUAUUGUUUGGAAUGUUAUUGUUUAUGUUAUUUUUUAUGGAAGUGUCUGACUUUCUUAUGUUCCUGUUGUAUUAAAAUGUUAUGGGAUAAACGUGUUUCACCAUAAAUGCGAGAUAUUAAUGCAAAUUAUAUACACACACACACACACA